AUGGUCUUCGACUUCUUCCAAAAGGCGAGCGACGACUUCGGCAGCUUCUUGGAACAGAAGGCCAAGGACGACGCGCUGGCCCUCGCCAAGUUCACGGCGGGCCUCGAGAAGAGCCGCGACCAGUUCGGUAAGGACCUGAAAGCCAUCUUCGGCGGCGCCGCGGGCGCGAAUCUCGACGACACCGUCGACGCCUUGGAAGACGCGCUCCUCUCCGCGGACAUCGGCGCCGCGACGACGACGACGAUCUUAGAGGACGUGCGGGCCGUCGCCGAGGCGCGGGGCGAGUACGCCGAGGCCGAUGUGACCGCCAUCCUGCGAGGGAGGAUGGCCGAGACGCUCACGAAGGCCGGCGACGGCGCGCUCCGGAAGGCGCCCGCGGGGCCGACGGUGAUCCUCGUCAUCGGCGCCAACGGCAUGGGCAAGACGACGACCAUCGGCAAGCUCGCCAGGCGUCUGAGAGUCGAGGGCGGGCAGCGCGUGCUGCUGGCGGCGUGCGACACGUUCCGCGCCGCGGCCGUCGGGCAGCUCGACGAGUGGGCGAAGCGGGCCGCCGUGGACAUCGUCGUCCCCGACGCGGGCGUCGAGAGCCCGUCGGCGGCCUGCUACAAGGCGCUGGACGUGGCGCUCGGGGUCGCGGCGGUGGACGAAUCGUUCCGCCACUCGGACCUCGCGGAUGAUGAUGUUGAUGCCCCCGCGGGCCCCUACGACGUGCUCAUCGUCGACACGUCGGGCCGCCUAAGCAACAACGCGGCGCUCAACGAGGAGCUCAAGAAGAUCCGGCGCACCAUCGACAAGCGCGCGCCCGGCGCGCCCCACGACACGCUGCUGGUAGUGGACGCGGCCGUCGGGCGGAACGCGGUCGACAUGGCCCGGGCCUGGCAGGCCGACGUGGGCGUCAGCGGCCUCGCCGUGACGAAGCUCGACGGGACGGCGCGCGCGGGGUUCGUCGUGUCCGUCGUCGAGGACCUCGGCAUCCCCGUGAAACUGGUGGGCGUCGGGGAGGCGCUCGACGAUUUGCGCGACUUCGACGUCGACGCGUUCCUCGACUCGCUCCUCGACGUCGACGCGCGGAGCGUCGACGACCUGAAGCAGCGCUUCGCGGCGCUCAGCAGCGAGCGCGCCGCGCGCGCGGCCGCGCCGCCGCCGCCGCCGACGAUCGCCGUCGACGCGGCGCCGCGCGCGCCGCGCGCGGCCGCGGGCGGCGCCGCCAAGGCGAAGAAGAGCAAGAAGAAGAAGAAGAAGGCCAAGAACCGCUGA